AAUACCUACAGGGAAGACAAGUGGUGAGAUUUAUGUAUAGAGACAAACUAAUUGUAUUAAUAAUAAACAUCAUCCAUCUAUAUUCUGUGUCUCCUGAUUUUCAAAUUGGGUAUGGUCUCAAGGUAGUCUUGCCGUAUGAUGCAGCUUUACCCCGUAUUUUAUUAUCCUGACUCCUAACAGUGACUCAAUGUUAAUACUCAACGUUUAUCCGUGAUCAUGUUUUUAGCCGGGUGGAUGGCUGUGAUUUCGCGGUUAUUUUUUUGUGGUCGCUUGACGUUGUCUGAAAAGUAUGGAGCUUCAUACUUUUCAGCUUUAGUUUGGAAAGGAAAGUAGGCUUGCUGGUGUGUGUUAGUUCUAGCAAUGAUAAUCAAUUGGUUGAUCCGACUUUUCAAUGAAUCGACAGGUGGGGCUUCAAUCACAUGUUAUAUAUUACAUUGAAGGACAACAUUAAGGUAGUCUGCACACGGUCUACAAGCCAUUUAAUUACUGCAAUUACAAAUACAGAAACUUCUUAGUAGUCCCAUUUACUUUAGCUGCUUAAUCGUCACGUUUCCUAUAAAAUCCAUUGUGAACCGAUUGUACAUAAGCAUCAGAACCUUCUUCAAAAGCUCACUGUCUUUUUAAACAGUAGAUAACCGAUUAUAUGCAGUAUUGAGAUUUAGGACCCACGAAUACAGUAUACAAAGUCAAAUAAAGUUUUAGCGUCGAUAUGACUAAAGGCUCUACGUAUUGACUAUAAGGUUCUGGAACCUUUGGCGGUUAUUUCACGAUAGUGUGCAAUAGUUUGAGUCUUGGCCAACGAUGACUCCUAAGUUAUUUUGUGUAUGGGCAACAGGUAGCUCAAUGUUGUUCAUCGUGCCUGUAUCUGUACCUUGAUGAUCAAUAUGCAUCACAAUACACUUGAAAGUAUUUAUCGGCAGUUGCCAGGUUUGAGACCGUUCAGAUAAUGUCUCCAGGGCAUUUUGAUGUUCUGAGCUAUCACCCCUACUUCUUAUCGCUCUCCAUCUCUUGACAUUGUCAACAUAUAUCAAGACUGAUUGUGAUAGGAGACGAGAAAGGGAUAACACGCCCUCAAGCCGCACCUUGAUGAACCUCGCUAAGCACAGUUUCCCAGCUCGACGACUUGAAGUUCAUCCGUAUUCCUUGUUAGCGCUCAACUAGGAAGUUUUUUAUCCACAUUAAUAGAUUGACUCCAACCCCGACAUUUCCUAACUUAUAUGACAGCCGGUUGUGAGGAACCUUGUCGAACGCUUUACUUGAGGUCUACAAGUUAACUACCUUGAAAAGUGUAAGCCAUCAUACACUGGUGACCAACAAUUGUACUCAUACAUUUCUAACAAUUGUAAAGAGAGUGGUAGUUGUAGACAUUAAUGCCUUUUUCUUCACUUGAUUUCUUCUCAGAAACAUUUGGAGUUCACCACAAGAAUGUCUAGAUAUUUUCAUUUUCAAGUGUUCAGACAUCGUAUUUCGAUUAUUUGUAUGAAUCAUGAUUUACGUGAACUAGAUUAAUACCAAAUACACACGUAUUAUCAAAUAAAAUAUACCAACUGUCUGUGAGAGAGAAAAUCACUUAGUGACUGGACUUGCAUAUGCCACAGUUGUUUAGGCAUCUAGGCCUUUUUUUGUCCAAAAUCUUAGUAUGAACAGAUGAAGUUCUUUCAGUUUUCACCUAUAUAAACACAUUUAAUGUAAGCUAGAUGUCUGUUUAUCUGUAAAAGUAUGUCGCUAGACAGUUUGCUAUGUAUUAGUUUAUGGCUGCCAACUAUUUCAUUUAGGGAUAGUGUGUGCUCAGAUUGCAAUUAUAAGGGCUUGUAUGUCUUUGAAUGACUAUCAGCGCAUGGUAGGACCAUUAGUUAUAUUGGUGUCAGGUAUAGAGUAGAUUAGAUAAUAAAACCGUUAGCGCUCAUCAGUUCUUAUGUCUGGUAUGUAAGAUUUGCGUAUCAAACCACUUUCGACAACAACGUUCUCUAUUUGACAGAUGACUAGUUUGGAAGAAGCUAGAAGUCAAUAGACCAGAAUAUCAGUCCAUGAAGUUACUAAAUAUCUAUUUAUAGUAAACGCCUUCCCCAUUUUUGUUCUUAGGAAAAUUGGAAUCUUUAUCUUUAGAUGUUGAAUAAUGUAAGGCAAAUGGAUUCACUCAAUAUUUCUAUUUUAUUUCGCUUCUCCGAGAUUAGCAAUAUAUCAUUCUAUUCAUUUGUUCCUCUCUGAAAUACAUUCUAGUUUCUCACAGCAUGAUUUUUUUUCGUUUGAGUUGUUAUACAUGUGAUAAAGAUUCCACUGUUUAUCAACCACUUAUCGAAAUUACUUCAUGUUUUCUAGUACUAUGCAUUUUUAUGCUUAUACAGUUCCGUUGAUUAAUCUGUAAUUUUUGUCUUAAGAUUUCGGUGUUGAGCACAGAAGAUUCUAGCCUAAUCUUGACACAUUCAACUGAACUCCUUCCUUUCAAGCAUCCAUUCGUGAGUAAAAUCCAAACGCAUAUUGGGAAUGGUUGAGAUUAACGAUGGUCGCCAUUUUAAAAAUCCCUUCCAGGAUUAUACCGCCGGAGACCAGCUUAAAGUGGAGAAUACGAGCAUCCCGAACAAAAUUGUCGAACUGUUAAAUGUUCUGAAUUCGAAUUUCGAGAAGCUAUCGUCGUCUGACGUAUCAAUGUAUACGGGGUUGUCAGGUGUUGGAUUAUUCUACAAUUUCCUAUCACAAUGCAAAUGUGAAUUAUUAGACAGAAAGAUACGUGAAAAUGGUGUUGCAUGUGCUGAUAAGUUGCUAAAUCGAUGUCUACGUCAUAUUGAAUUGAAGAAGCUGUCUAGAAACAUCAGUGUUUACACCAGCCCGAUCGGUCCACUGUGUUUAGGCGCUCUAUCAUCGGUCAAACAUGGAAGUGAGAAUACAGAGGCGAAGAAAUUCGUAGAAGAAAUUUUGUCGGCGAGUAAAUAUGGCAUAGAUGUGGACAGUGGGAUGCCUGAUGAAGCGUUGUAUGGGCGUACUGGCUAUCUAAAUUGUCUGGUAACACUUCGAGAGAAUAAUUUCGACAUUCCUAUUUCUGUUGUCUCGUCGAUAACAGAUGCUAUAUUGAAGUCUGGUCAGAAAACGGCUGGUGCUUACAAAUCGAAUGGUUUUUAUGAUAGAUUAAUGUAUCAGUCAUCGAAACGAGAUUUGCGCAUGCCACCGUUAAUGUUUGAAUGGCAUGAUAAAUGUUAUCUUGGGGCUGCGCAUGGUUUUGCUGGUAUUUUGACUACUCUACUGAAGGUAUAUCGUUUGUUUCCUGGUAGCAUAUCGUCACAUUCCUUAAAUCAGUUAAUUCUACCUACUGUUGAUUGGAUGAGUCAACUUCAGCUAAACAGCGGAAAUUGGCCUUCUAGUUUAGGGGAUAGCUUAAAUCGUGAUGUAUUAGUUCAUUGGUGUCAUGGUGCAACGGGUGUUAUCCCACUUAUGCUUUCAGCUCAUAAGUUCACUUCACAGGACAACUAUUUAAAACCAAGAAGCAUUGGUUAGCUAUCUCGUCUCAGUAGGGAACCCCUCAGCGGUACACAUCGACGAUUCCACUGUAAAUCAAAUUCAGAGUAAAUGCUAUACAUUAUUAGAAUGUAUUUAAAAUCAUUAUACUCCACGUAUUCUAUUUUAAUAUAGGCGUAGACGCGUCAGUCAAAUACCUAUGUGAAUAUAUUCACCGAAAUUAUCCCACUAUUUCAUGAAUUAGAUUCCUAGUUCAAGUGAAUGAUUGGUUGUCUGAAAAAAACUAAUUAUUUCAGUCAGCUUGCAGUAUGUGUGUUCUGUGCCUUCUAUAUAAAAUAAAUCUGGUACCCCAAAUGCGCUGAGGAAGUUUAUUUAGUUUUAUAACCCAGUUAACUUUAAAACGUAUAAAACUAUUGAAAUUACAACGUCGUUAAUUCCUCCAAGUCCAAGUUUUUUAAUUCCAUUGAGGAUUUUCCUCAUUGACUCACUCCGCUUGGAGCUUAUUCAAGCAUUCCAGGUAAAGUUUAGAUUUGUAGCAUGAAAUUAAGUAAAUGGGUUAUAUCAUAAACCAUCUCUUAGUAGUACAUUUUUCGUGGCCACUUGUAUGGAGAGGUUUACUUGAAUCAAAUUGUUUGACUUAACAGAUUAAUGGGUUUCCUCAUGAUACGUCUUGUCGAUUGAACGCUAUAUUCGGAUCCUAAGCUAGUUUCGUAACCCCCCAAGCUAGAACUAUACAGCGAAUUGAAGACGAGAGAAAAGGCACAAAAUAUGUGGGAAGCACUUUACUCCAAGGGUUCGUUUAUGUACAGAAAAUAUACAGUUUUUAUAGUAUUUUAGAAGUCUUUGCGUUGUGCUGAAAAUUCUAGAAUACUACUAAACAUAGUAGCAGUGUAGUUAUCAGCCAAUCAGAAUCUCUACAUGUGACUUUUCAUUUUCGCUAUUUUAGUAACAUAACUUCUAAUCAAUCGCUGAUUAGAUAAAAUGCUCCUUGAUGUUUCAUUAGCUUGUCAUGUCGAUUGCGAGAAAAUUUCAGGGUCAUCCCAAUACCUCAGGAGACUCAUGAUAUAAUGAGAAUAGAGGAUGCUUAAAUUAUAUUGAAGGUCUUGUGUAGUUGUAUUAGUUUAGUCCGAGUAUUGAUUAAUUCGUAUAUACUGUCUAUCUAGUACCAGUGACAGUUCUGAGAGUCCAACUUUACUUAAUAUUUACCUAGUCGAAGUACUCUAUACAAAAGAAGAUAUACGUUAGUUUGCAUAAAAUUUGUACUUCCAUAUUUAUGGCACUUGACACUUGAAAUAAGAAAGGUAACCAUUUCACUCACAUAAUUCAGUUAGUGUAACCGAUAAAUGUAUUCAACUUUUAAAUCAUAAGUUUGACAAUCAAUGUGUAAGACUUUUCAGCUGAUACACAUAAUUUGAUUGAAAAAAAAGAGUCAGCUACAACGUAGGACCAGGCAC